CCGGUGUAAGACGAGCCUGUCAAGCAGGUCUCGUAAUCCCUGGAGCUUCAUACAUCAUGACUUCCGAUAUCAACUCUGAUUCGAUUGACCGCGUGCGCUCAUUGUACGCGCCGUCCACCUCCGAAGAAGUCGAGGCUCUAUGCGACCGCCUCAGCGAGGUACAAAUCGGGCUACAGGACUGUGCUUCCGAGAUAGCUCGUCUGGAGUAUGCGUUGUCUUUGGCUCGUCAGCGUCGAGGCUCAUUGCGCGAGGAAGAAGCAAACAUAAAAGCUCUUCUCUCUCCCGUGCGUGCCGUGCCGCCAGAAAUUCUCGCCGAAAUCGCGGUCCACACACUACCGGACAAGUGGUUUGAGGACGUCAUUGGGAUACAUAUCUGGGCUUUCUCGCACGUAUGUCACAGCUGGCGAGAGGUCGCUCUGUCUAUUCCCUGGGUCUGGUCGCGCCUGCGUCUCCCGACUCGCACGAACAUGGCGAGCGAAUCUUGGGAGCCAACUUUCCUCCGGAUACUCUCCUUCUAUCUCUCUCGGUCGGGACGGAAGCCGUUAUCUAUAACCACUAUGUGGAAUCAAGGCGCGUUCAGCGGUUACUGGGAGAACAGCCAGCAGCCGAUGUGGGCACAAAUAUGGGACCACAUCGACCGGCUUCGCGAGCUGGAGGUAUAUUGCUCAGAAUUCGAGGGAUUCCCCUUCCCGCCUACCCUCCCAGCGCUCGAGAAGCUCGUCAUCAACAACUACCUCUCUGGAGAGCUGCACGUUAACGCGCCCAGCCUCCGCGUACUCGAGCUUGUGGAGACGAGCGUCACGGCCGUCGAGGUGCAUCGGGGGAGUCUUCGUGCUCUCAGGAUCCGCUGCGAUAUGUUCGGCGACGACUUCCUGCGCAUUGGAGAAUGCCAAGGGCUCGAAGUCCUUAGCCUCACCCAAGAGACGAGUGACAUUCCCUCGUGGCUCGAGACCCACUCGAUAUCGCUGCCCUCCCUGCACACGCUAGAACUCUGCCGCGCGGCCAUCGAGAUUGCGCCUUACAUCCAUGCCCCCUCUCUACAACACUUCAUGCUCGAUGACGUGCGCUACUACAACCACUACGACAUCGAGAUCAGCCCAGAAGACGUCGAGGGUCUAUCUGACCUGCUCAAGCCCGUCGAGCACAUUACGCUGCGAAAUACAGCCCACUAUGACACGAAUCUCCUCCAUGAGUUGAUGUCCAUCCCUCGCCGCCUCCGGGUACUCUCGCUGACGGAGGACACGGACCCGAGGUCCCUGGCUCCGCGGACGAUUCCACGCGACUUGUUCCUGAAGCUCAUCGCCCAGGACGAAGGUGCUUUCCCCUACCCUCAUCUGUCACAGCUACGUAUCGUGAAUGGGACGAAAGGAAUCUCCUGGGAGGGCUACGACAUAGCGCUAGUUCAAAGCUUGCUCGAAUACCGUAGCCCGCCUCGGAAUAACUGCGCUCCACUCGAGCGAUUGGAGAUUCAGACGCCAUUCGCGAUCCUCCCAGUCACGAAGGAGUGCAUGGAGGCGAGGACGACGGAUGGGAAGCAGAUCUUGGACAUUAGCAGGUGCGCGACGAGUAUACCGGUCGAAAAGUCGGAACCGGCCUGCUUUUAUUGACUUUCGUGUACAUAUCUCAUCAGAGGAGCGGC